AUGGCUGAGAUUGAAAGUCGUCCGUCCAAGUCACGACCCGAAAGAACGAAGGGAACACAAUGCUAUGCCAUCAACUGUUACACAUACCGUAACCAAGAGUCAAAGGCGGAGGGUGUUACAUUUCACAAAUUUCCAGACAAAACUAAGAACAGAGAAAUGUAUGCGCUUUGGGUGAAAAAUUGUAGAAGAGAGCGUGAGCCCACAACUGGUUCUAGAAUAUGUAGUAAACACUUUGACCCAUCAAUGAUCAACAGGACAUUGCAACGAACACAACUUCGAGAAGAUGCAGUUCCCACAAUCUUCAAAUUAUCUGAACACCUUCAGCCACGGAAAGCAGUGAAACGAAAGUCAAACACAAGUACAGAAGCCCUGAUACCUGCUAGUCUGCCACAUGGAGAAAAAAAUGACAUAGCUUCAACUUCAGUGGUGGUUGAAGAACAAGUUACAAAGAACACAGUUGCCAUUAUCAAAAAGGAACCUUGGCUAGAUGAUUAUACAACUUGCUUCUUUACUGAAAGUUUUGAAAAUAGUGAGGAUAACAAAAAUUUGGAAGAAGAAAAUACAGGCUUAAAUGAUACUUUUGAUGGAUUAAAGGAGAAAGUUGAAAUUCUAGAAUAUGUCUUAGAAUCUGAUAACACAUGCAUGUCCAAAAGUUCUCAAAUACAUGUUCUUCCAUCGAAAGAAGAUCCAUGUUCUGAAAAGGAACAGAAUGAGAAGGAAAAAUAUCACAUAAAAAAUGAAAAAAUGGAAAAUUGCAUUAACAUGAAUAAUCAAGAAGCUGCAGUGUCAUUUGAAGAAGGAUUAUCUGAUAACUUACCAGGGAUAUACACUUCUGCCAUCUGUGAGCAGUCAGAGUGCAUUAUUGAAGAGCUGUUAAGGCUACCUUUUACUCAAAGAGAAUUUCAAGAGAAAAACGAAAUUGUUAGACAUGGACGACCAACUCCUGCACUGCCAGGCCUAAGUAAAGUAGGUAAAAAUUUUGUCCGCCAUUUUCAGGAGAAUUCUUAUGUGAAAACGACAUGGCUAACAGGGUGUCCAAAGAAAAAUAAGUUGUUUUGUUGGCCUUGCAUCUUGUUUGCAAGUGAGAAACAUGUAUGGAACUCCAAAGGUUUCAGUGAUUUGAAUAAUUUGCAUAUGGGUCUGCAGAAGCAUGGACGCUCACAAAAACACAUAAGGUGCUGGCUUGAUCUGAAAACAUUUGGUAACACUCACAUAGAACUACAGGUUGAUGAGCAAAGGUAUGCUGCUAUUGUACAGCACAAUGAAAGAGUCAGAAAAAAUAGGGAUGUGCUACACAGACUAAUUGAUAUAGUAAUCUACUUGGGAAGCCAAGAACUGGCAUUUCAUGGGUAUUCAGAAGGUGAAAGUUCAGUGAAUCAUGGGAAUUAUGUUGAACUGGCACAUCUGGUUAGCAAGUAUGAUGACAGAUUAGCAAGCCACAUGGAAAGUUGUACUGUAUUUUCUAGGAUGUCUAUCAAAAUUCAAAAUGAUCUAAUUGAGGCAGUCAAGAAUGUAAUAUUGGCUGAAAUAAAGAAGGAAAUUAGUGAAGCCAAAUUUGUUGCAGUGCUUCUGGAUGAAACCUCUGAUGUAUCCAGUGCGUCCCAAUUCUCAACAGUGUGGCGAUAUGUGACUACAGAUGGUGUGGCAGAGGAGCGAUUUACUGGCUUCAUGGAUAUUAGUGCAAAUUGUUCAGCAGAAGUGCUUUCAGAACGCAUAUUUGCUUGUGUUGAGGAGAUGGACUGUGCAUAUAAGUUAGUAGCACAAAGUUACAAUGGUGCAGUGGUAAUGGCUGGUGAGUUGAAUGUCUUGCAGACCAAAGUUAAGGCUAGAUUUCCUUGUGCAAUUUUUGUUCAUUGCUAUGCACACACCUUGAAUGUAGUCCUUUCUCAAGCUUGUAUAAGUAUCAAAGAGUGUAAAAUUUUAUUUUCAACAUUAAAUGGACUUGUGUCUUUCUUUUCAUCCUCAUCUAAGCGGACCAAGGCACUGGAUGAUAUUGUACACAAACGAUUUCCCAGGGCUGCACCAACACAAUGGAACUCUUCAGCACAUCUUGUUAACAUGGCUAAUGACUACUUCCAUUCACUUACUGAACUAUUUGACCAGAUCAUUGAAAACCCAUUAGCUUGGGAUCAGAAUACAGUUAUUUCAGCCAGAGGCUUCCAGCACAGCUUUAAAGACCCUAAAUUCCAGUUUCUACUUAAUGUUUUUUGUGAUGUAUUCUCACAUACUGAUGUGUUGUUUAAUAUAUUGCAGUCAAAGAUUUUAGACAUUGGAUAUUGCAUAAGUGAAAUUAAGAAGACUACUGAGGUAGUACAGAACAAAAGAGGAGAAUUUGAAAAAUUCUAUUCCAAACUCAAGGAAUCCACUGAAAUUUCUGCUAAGAUAUGUAGACAUAACCACAGCAGUGAUCCAAAAGAGGAGUAUAAAAUAUUAUAUUUUAAGGUGUUGGAUACAAUAGUUAUGCAAAUGCAAUGUCGAUUUUCAUCACUGGAAAAACUUAAGUUCCUGGAGCUAUUAAACUUCAGUAAAUUUGGUCAGUAUAGAAAUAUCUUUCCAGAAGAAGCAUUAACUUCCCUAAAUGAAAUGUAUGGGCACUUCUUUGAUGCUAUACGGCUGCAUAAUGAGCUGACUGUAAUGUAUUCAUCACAAAAACUUUUUGCAAAGAAAAGUAUUGCAGAGCUACUUGUAUACAUGCAUAUGAAUGACUUAAGUGAUGCUAUGACUGAAGUAUGCAAACUCUGUGAUUUACUCCUCACUCUUCCAUCUACUACUGUAUCUGUUGAAAGAACGUUUUCAGCAGUGAAAAGAAUAAAGAAAUAUAUGAGAAAUACAACACUGCAAUCACAACUGUCAGGAAUGGCCAUUAUGUCAAUUGAAAAAAGCUACUUCAGAAGCUUAAAAGUCAGGAAGGCUUUUAUGAUGCUGUUAUAGAAGAAUUUGUGAAGAAAGAUUGUUGGCUGGAUUUCAUCUACAAAUAGGACAAAAUGAUUCACAUGAAUAAGUAUGCUGAAUAGUUUACAAAAGCAUUAUCUAACUUGUUGCAAUAUAAAGAAGUAUUCAGUGGAAGCUUUUAAAGGAGAGAAAUCCAACAUCAAUUGUCAGCUAAUAUUACUCUGUUAUCCUACCUCUGUACGUGUAGUGUAUGCAAAAAAAAAAAAAUGUUACAAGUUAUGAAACCUUGAAAAUAUGUUCAGAGACCCACAAUGAUUAUAUAAUUAAUAUAAGACUGACAAUAAAUAUAAGGGUAGUUCAGAA